AAGCCAAAAACUCUAUGACCAAAUCAGUGUCAUGAUGAAAUUAUUAUGUAGUUAGUGAAUUUGUGUGAAUUGUUUGUUUUGUUACAAUAUGCUCAGAAAUAACAAUGCCUUCUAGCAAAAACUUAUAGUUUUUGCCGUAAAAUGGUAUUCUUCUGCUUGAAACGAAAACUUUGCAACCAGUACUUGGGUCACAGAACUAAUACAAAAUGGAAACUAAAAAGGACAAAUGGGAGGCUCUCGCCACCGUGAAAGCCUUCGAUUUAGGUUUAAAUCAAAACAGCCAACAUGAAUACAUACUGCACCAGAGUAUGCAACAAGUAGAAAUAGUACAAUCUGCUGCCACCACACCUAUCAGUCUCCUUAUCCAGUCCCUCGUCAAACAGCUAUGUGCACUCCUCGAGAAAGACAUGACCAGAGCGAACCAAUUGUACAACACUAUAUGUGAGAAACUGCACAGCAUGCAUCUUAUAGAUGACUCAUACGCUAUGGGAGAGUUUGAGGCCAUGAGGAGCCAAUACCAACGGGCUCUGUACCAGCUAGUUACCGUGGCAACUGGUUCUGAAAUACCAAUAACGAUACCAGCUUCAUGGCCGAUCAAUCAACCAUCUUGCUUAGAAUGGUCCAGGUACCAUAGAGAAUUUGAUGAAUUAUACUACAUCGCUGGCGGAGGAUUCGGUAGCGUUUUCAAAGCCAAACACAGAUUAGAUGGAGUUGAAUAUGCUGUGAAGAAAGUGUUCAUCAAGUCUUGUGACAUUGACUCAAUAAUGACUCAUUUGGCCGAAGUUAAAACACUGGCUAGUUUGAACCAUCCUAAUAUAGUUAACUACAAAGCCGCCUGGCUUGAACCGAUGAUAGAAUCUAAUGUGACAAAGAAGAAACGUAAAUAUCAAAUGGACAUGGACAGUGAUGAGUUCUCAGCACUCAACUCCAGUUUGCUAUCUUCAAAGCUUAAUUUAGUUAAGUCUUUUAAAACUCAUAACUCUAAGGAACUUACCAAGCAUCACAGUCAGUCCGAUUUCAUUAUUUCGUUCAAAAACUCAAGCAGUCAAGAGCAAUCUGAUAAUUCUAUAGAAGAUUUUGAUGAAUCCGAGAGUGAUGAGGAUUCCGAUACUCCUCAAGAAGAACAAGCCGUUUGCAAACUUUUCGACAGCAAAGAGUACGAGAACUGCUCACGAGUAAACUUAAAAUGGGCUACACUGUACAUCCAAAUGACAUUCUGCAAGCAAACACUAAAGCAAUGGCUUGACGACCGCAACAACCUAAUGUCUACAUCCCGUAAGAGUUCUACGGAUCUGUCUUCAAGCGAUGACUCUGGUUUUGACAUAACACCGGACACAAAAUACCCUGUAGCGUGGGCACAUAUUGAUGUUCUCAUAGAUAUGUUCACGCAGUUGGUGAAGGGGUUGAAUUAUAUACACUCUAAAGGUAUAAUCCACCAUGAUGUAAAGCCUUCCAAUGUGUUUGUGGCGCAGAGUGAGACAGGAGUGCUGGUGCAGUUGGGGGACUUUGGGCUGGCGUGUCCACUGCAGCAGUCGCAUAGUGGAUUAGCGCUGGGUACACACUUGUAUGCAGCUCCUGAGCAGUUGGAGGGACAGUGCAACCCUAAGAGUGACAUGUACAGCCUCGGCAUCAUCCUCCUCGAAAUGAUAGAGCCCUUCAGCACCGACAUGGAGCGAGUGAAGACCAUCACAGACCUCCGGAAAGGCCAGAUACCCGCCCAUCUCACUGCCAACUACCCCAAAAUUGCCCACAUCAUCGGGAAACUGGUCCAACGACGCCCAGCUAAGCGACUUGAUACUAGACAACUUCUAGAAGAACUUAAGACCCUGUCGGAAAAUAAGGAUGAAACUAUCAAGUCAUUGAGAGAGGAAUUGGCAGCGAAGGAAGAUGAAAUAGCGCAGUUGAAGAUGAUGCUGGCCAAAUUCAGUCAUAAAUCUUAAAACAACGAAACACCAAUUAGUGUACUUAAGUGUGUGUGUGUGUGUUAUGUAAUGCUGAGUGUGAUCGGAGUGGGUAUGUAGAUUUUUAACUAUGAAUAGAUUGUUAUUGUACGGUCUGCUAUCUUGCUGCACUGAUGUUGUUUAAGUAAUAAUACAAGGUGUUUUUCUACCCUGGCUGUUCUGCGACUGCAACGUUAUUAGUAAAUCAUGAGUACUAUACAAAUUUUAGUCCGAUUUAGCAAUUUCUUUACUAUCUUGGGUUUACACUUUGCAGAAUAUAACUAAGGGUUGAAAAUACAUGAUUCUGCGAGAAUUACUUCAGUUACAAGGCCUAACUGGUCUGUUAGCCAUCAAGUAAUCGUGAACCAUAUAAAAUCAUCAUCGAAAAUUUAAUAUAAACCUACAUUGCUGUAGAAAUUUGGACUUAUUGCAAUCCUUAAUGUCUAAACAAUAUAACUAUCUACAUAAAAAUGAUAUUUUGCUAUUAGAAAAUUAAAAAUGAAAUAUAAUAUUUUGUUAAUCCGUCACAUGGAGGAAAACUGGAUCACACCUUAUAAUAGAUUUGCUAAAAUACCAUCGCUACCCUAUCUUCAUCACCAAAUAAACUUAACAUCAGUGUAUUGGUAAAUAACUUAGAUCUAUGUCGUAGGCCGAGCGCGCGUGUGCACUUAUUGACAUGAUUUUAAAGGCUAUUUUUGGUUAACCGCGUAUAAACAAUUACUAUUACUGUACUGUAGUUACUUCACUUGUAAUUGCUAAGUAGGCACCUACAGUAUUAAUAAUUAUAUACCUAUAUUUUUUCCUUAUAUGUUUAUUCUUGGAGAUUAUUUUUUGCUGAUACUUGUGUCAAAAUUCUUUUCAUAGUCUUGUUUUUUGUUCCCAAAAAAUGUGACAAUUAGUUUUAAAUUUUUCUCAAGAGAAUUAUAAUCUACAGCUAGAAAGACAUGCAAUAGCACUCAACUUUUUUUAUUUAUUUGAUAAAAGACAAAAAUAGAAGCGUGACAGAGUGGUCAGAAACAAGAACACGAAAAGAAUUGUUAGGCCCCCUCAUACGCACCCGCGCAUUUUCAACGCACCUUAAAAAGCGCUUGAAUCGGUGCGCACGCUAAAUUCGAUUUAACGACCAACGCUUAAAAUCCAAUAUCGCUUGAUAAAAAGCGCCACCGCUAUCGUGUAAAUAAAUACACAUGUAUCCAUUUGUGUCAUUCAAACGCUUUUUUAACGCGCGUUGUAAAAGCGCUCGUGCUAAUGAUGCCUUAUAAUAUUGAUUGUAUAAUCGUCGUUGCCGCUUACCAAAUCUUAUAUGUGCGAGAUCUUAAUCAAAUGAAUUAACACCUUAUGUAUUUUGUUGCUAGGUAACUAUUUGUCAAUCAAAAAUCGAACACAUAUCAGGUUUGAAAAGCGCAACGACGUUAUGUAGAUUCAUAUUUGCUUUAUUGUUACUUAACCUAGGUAACCUUACAUCAUUACAUUACACUUACCUUACUUACUUACCUACUUCGAUCAGAUUUUUUUGACAUGCUUUCUGACAAUUAAUAAAACAACAAAGUUUUAA